GGCAUGGCGUCAAACAGCAUCUUUGAUUCCUUCACGACAUACUCUCCAUCCUUCCUCCGGGAUCCCAACACCAGCCGGCGCUUCACACCUCCCUCCGCGGCCUUCCCCGGCGCCGGAAAGAUGGGCGAGAACAGCGGGGCGCUCAGUACGCAGGCCGCCGCCUCCGCCGGACCGCUGGGCAGGGCCCGGCCCGAGGGGCGCUCCAUGGUGGACGUACUGGCCGACCACCCGGGAGAGCUGGUCAGGACCGACAGCCCCAACUUCCUCUGCUCCGUCCUGCCCUCCCACUGGCGCUGCAACAAGACUCUGCCCGUCGCCUUCAAGGUGGUGGCCCUGGGAGAUGUCCCGGAUGGGACCGUGGUGACCGUGAUGGCCGGGAAUGACGAGAACUACUCGGCUGAGCUGCGGAAUGCCUCGGCCGUCAUGAAGAAUCAAGUGGCCAGGUUUAAUGACCUGAGGUUCGUGGGGCGAAGUGGCCGAGGAAAAAGUUUCACCCUGACCAUCACCGUGUUCACCAACCCCACUCAGGUUGCCACCUACCACCGGGCCAUCAAAGUGACCGUCGACGGACCCCGGGAGCCAAGAAGGCACAGGCAGAAGCUGGAAGACCAGAACAAGUCUUUCACUGAACGCUUUGGCGAAAUCGACCGGCUGAGAAUGAGAGUCACCCCGGCCACCCCCAGCCCCCGCGGCUCCCUCGGCACCCCCGGCCACUUCAGCACCCAGGCCCAGACUCCCAUCCAAGGCACGCCGGACCUCAACCAGUUCGACCCGCGCCAGUUCGACCGCUCCUUCCCCACCCUGCCCGCCCUCACCGAGACCCGGUUCUCCGACCCGCGGAUGCAUUACCCGGGCGCCAUGUCGGCGGCCUUCCCUUACACCGCCACCCCCUCCACCACCGGCAUCGGCGGCAUCAGCAUGACGGGCAUGCCCGCCGCCACCCGCUUCCACCACACCUACCUGCCGCCCCCCUACCCGGGCUCAGCCCAGAACCAGAGCGGACCCUUCCAGGCUAACCCCUCGCCCUACCACUUGUACUACGGCACGUCCUCUGGGUCGUACCAGUUCUCCAUGGUGGCGGGCGGGGAGCGGUCCCCCACCCGCAUGCUCUCAUCCUGCACCAGCGGCCCUGCGGGGAACAACCUCAUGAACCCCAGCCUGGCCAACCAGAGCGACGGCGUGGACGCCGACGGGAGCCACAGCAACUCCCCGACGGCUAUGACGACCACCGGCAGGAUGGACGAAUCCGUGUGGCGGCCUUACUGACAACGGACUGA